AUGACAUUAUCUUUACCAAACAUUACUUUUGAAUGCAAUCGAAUUCGAAAUUUUCAAUGUAAUGUUGAUAAUCAAAUAUAUUAUCAACAAGAUGUUGACCAACAUCAAAAAUUUCUUGACGAACAACUUGAUUGGUUAACUGUUGAUCAUGAUGAUUUAAGACAAGAUCUUUUAGAACAAAUCUCAACACCAAAAUAUCAUCCUUCAAUGACUGUAAUCGAUAUAUGGGAACAAGAAAGUAUAGCACGUAUUCAACGUACGGCUAUUCUUGCUAGACGAGCACUUAUUGAUGCUUUAGAUCAACAUGUAUUUGAAAUAAAAAAUAAAUUGGAUAUGUUGACACCAAAAUUACGCGAAGCACGUCAUCAUGUCAAAUUUUUCAAUGAAGAUGAUAUACGAAAAUGGGCAACUAUAUUACAAGAAUUGAAGCAAAUGCCAUUGUUUCCUGUCACUAUUGACAAAGACAAUAGCAUACAUGGAAUAACUAUCGACCUUACGAAACAUCAAAAAACUUUUCAUUCUGAAUUAAAUUGUGAAGAAUCAACGCCAUGUACUUUAGCUUCUAUUAUUCGUAAUCCCAUUUGUCCAAUUUCGAUGUCUGAUAGAAGCGAAUAUCAAACAAGAUCUACAAGUAUCCUAAAGAACACUCACCCAAUAAAUAAAACAGUAAAAUUUGAUGACAUUUCUUUAAACAAAUCACAAACCAUUACACCAGGAGGUGUUCUCAUUAUUAGAGAAUUAUAA